UAGUCAUUCUGAUUUUGAAUGCAAAAAUGGAAGUUGAUUUGCUUGUUUUGCUUGAUACAAGUGGAUCAGUUUUUCCCUCAUUCAAUUUACAACAUCAAUUAACACAAAAUAUUUUAAAAGAAAUAAAUAAUGAGGAAAUUGGUGAAAAAUUAAGAAUUGGGUUAAUUAGCUUUGCUUCUGAACCAAAAUUGGUUUUGACGUUAAAAGAAAGUAUUGUAGUAGAUAAUAAAGAAAUUAUUGAAAGACUGAAUGAUAUAAAAUUUACGGGAAGUAAUACAAGAAUUGCCGAUGCUGUGGAGUUGGCUUUAAGUGAAUUUGAAAUGGGUGGAAGGAGGGAUUCUGAAAAGGUAAAAAAAUAUUUUUAA